AUGGUAGGUAGUGUAAAGGAAGUUACUCCGGACUUUAAGAAUGCGGACUUGAUUCGCAAAGGUGCUUACGUUAAUGGUAAGUGGAUCGAAAACGCAGCUGAGACGUUUGAGGUAACGGAUCCUGCUACUUUGAAGGUGAUUGCUACUUUGCCUGAUCAGCCUUUGGAAGCGGUUUACGAGGCAAUUGAUGCUGCAGAGACGUCGUUCCGUUCUUACAAGAAGACUGGACCAAGACAAAGAGCUCAAUUGUUGCGGAAAUUGUACGACUUGAUGAUGGAGAACGUGGAUGACUUGGCCAGAAUCAUAACCUGGGAAAACGGCAAGGCUUUCGCAGAGGCCCAAGGUGAGGUGAAGUACGCAGCGUCGUAUUUCGAAUGGUACGCUGAAGAAGCAGUAAGGAUGUACGGUACGACAAUCCAGCCAAGCAACACGGCAAACAGAGCAAUGACAGUGCGGCAACCAGUUGGGGUGUGUGGUAUUAUUUGCCCAUGGAACUUCCCCAGUGCUAUGAUCACCAGAAAAGCAGGUGCGGCUUUAGCGGCAGGUUGUACCGUGGUUAUCAAACCGGACGCACAAACACCGCUAUCUGCGUUGGCAAUGGCUCGUCUUGUUGAACAAGCCGGCUUCCCAGCAGGUGCUUUCAAUGUGGUUUUGACCGCUACAAGAACACCUGAGUUUGGUCUCGCCCUUUGUGAAUCUAGCAAAGUGAAGAAAGUUUCCUUCACAGGGUCCACCAACGUUGGUAAAAUAUUGAUGAAACAGAGUGCCUCCACCAUGAAGAAGCUUUCCUUUGAGCUAGGUGGUAACGCUCCAGUCAUCGUUUUUGAAGACGCAGACUUGGAACAGGCUGUUACUCAAACCAUGUUGUCGAAAUUCAGAGGUCUAGGCCAAACUUGCGUGUGUGCUAACAGAAUUUAUGUGCAACGUUCAGUUAUCGACAAGUUUGCCGAAAGCCUAGCAGAAAAAGUCAAUGCGUUUGUCAUUGGCCAUGGGUUGGACCCUAAGACAACUCACGGUUGUCUAAUCAACGAGAACGCCAUCAAGAAGGUCGAAGAUCACGUCAAGGACGCUUUAGAAAAGGGCGCUAAGACUGUUGUCGCUGGUGGCCGUAGAACCGACUUGGGCCCACAUUUCUAUGCGCCAACAGUCCUUUCCUAUGUUCCUGCUACAGCAAAGGUUAACAAAGAGGAAACUUUUGGUCCUCUUUGUGCAUUGAUUCCAUUCGACACUGCUGAAGAAGUUGUAGGAUAUGCAAACGAUACAGAAUUGGGAUUGGCAUCCUACGUUUUCUCCCAAAACAUCAACACCAUUUACACCGUCGCAGAGGCCUUGGAAACUGGUAUGGUUUCAUGUAACACUGGUUUGUUCACUGAUUGCGCCAUUCCAUUUGGUGGUGUUAAGGAGUCAGGUUUCGGAAGAGAAGGUUCCUUGCAUGGUAUCGAGGACUACACCGUUAUCAAGACGAUCACUAUUGGAAACCUACCAUCUCCAUUAUAA